AGGGACUCCGACGCGGGGGCGAGCGCGCAGGCGCUUUGCUGGCACACGCUGCAGGCGAGAAUCCCUACGGCCGGCGGACGGCGUGGCUACUUCUUCAUAGACAUAAUCAACUUUUGACUGUUUGGAAAUGAAGUAUCAUUAAAAUCCUCUCAAACUCCUAAUUCCAAAGAAGAUAUAACAUUUCUCUGAACAAGAAAAGAAGUGACUGCCUGUGUGUUAAAAGUACUCUGGCACUGGUCUUAUUUUUUUUCUCCCUGAGUUCGAAGAACAAUGGAAAAAUUGUACUUGAUGACAGUAGUGGUCUUGAUAGGACUAACAGUACGGUGGGCAAUUUCUCUUAAUUCUUAUUCAGGUGCUGGAAAACCUCCUAUGUUUGGUGAUUAUGAAGCUCAGAGACACUGGCAAGAAAUCACUUUUAAUUUACCAAUCAAACAAUGGUAUCUUAACAGCAGUGAUAACAAUUUACAGUACUGGGGAUUGGAUUACCCACCUCUUACAGCUUAUCAUAGUCUUUUAUGUGCAUAUGUGGCAAAGUUUAUAAAUCCAGACUGGAUUGCUCUCCAUACAUCACGUGGAUACGAGAGUCAGGCACAUAAGCUCUUCAUGCGUACAACAGUUUUAAUUGCUGAUUUGCUGAUUUACAUACCUGCAGUGGUUUUAUACUGUUGUUGUUUAAAAGAAAGCUCAACUAAGAAAAAGAUUGCUAAUGCAUUAUGCAUAUUGCUGUAUCCAGGCCUUAUUCUUAUUGACUAUGGACAUUUUCAAUAAUUUCCUUGACACUAGAACAUAUAUAAUUCUGUGAGUCUUGGUUUUGCUUUGUGGGGUGUUCUUGGAGUAUCUUGUGACUGGGACCUGCUAGGGUCACUGGCAUUUUGCUUAGCUAUAAAUUAUAAACAGAUGGAACUUUACCACUCCUUGCCAUUUUUUUGCUUUUUACUUGGCAAGUGUUUUAAAAAAGGCCUCAAAGGAAAGGGGUUUGUGUUGUUAAUUAAGCUAUCCUGUACGGUUGUGGCUUCCUUCAUUCUGUGCUGGCUGCCAUUUUUUACAGAAAGGGAACAAACCUUGCAGGUUCUAAGAAGACUCUUCCCAGUUGAUCGUGGAUUAUUUGAGGAUAAAGUAGCCAAUAUUUGGUGCAGCUUCAGUGUCUUUCUGAAGAUUAAGGAUAUUUUGCCACAUCAUAUCCAGAUAAUAAUCAGCUUUUGUUUUACAUUUUUGAGCCUGCUUCCUGCGUGUAUAAAAUUAACACUUCAGCCCUCUCCCAAAGGAUUCAAAUUUACUUUGGUUAGCUGUGCACUGUCUUUCUUCUUAUUUUCUUUCCAAGUACAUGAAAAGUCCAUUCUCUUGGUAUCAUUACCAGUCUGCUUAGUUUUACAUGAAAUUCCUUUUAUGUCUACUUGGUUUUUACUUGUGUCAACAUUUAGUAUGCUACCUCUUCUAUUGAAGGAUGAACUCCUAAUGCCCUCAGUUGUGACAGUGAUGGCAUUUUUUAUAGCUUGUGCAACUUCCUUUUCAAUAUUUGAAAAGACUUCUGAAGAAGAACUGCAAUUGAAAUCUUUUUCUAUUUCUGUUAGGAAAUAUCUUCCACGUUUUACAUUUGUUCCUAGAAUUAUACAAUAUUUGUUUCUCAUCUCAGUAAUCACUAUGGUUCUUCUGACGCUGCUGACUGUCACACUGGAUCCUCCUCAGCAGUUACCGGACUUAUUUUCUGUAUUGGUGUGUUUCGUAUCCUGCUUGAAUUUCCUGUUCUUCUUGAUAUACUUCAACAUUAUAAUCAUGUGGGAUUCCAAAAAUGGAAGAAAUCAUAAGAAAACCAACUAGCUGUAUUCCCAAACAAAUGUGAAAAUGUGAACAGUGCUAAAAGGUUUUGUGAACUUUCUGCCAUGUAUAAAUGAAAUUAUCAUUUUGAGAAUCACGGAACGGAUAGGAAAGGAAAUGGUGAAAAGCCACUGUGGUCUACACAAAAUAAAUGUAUAUGUGAACCAAUGACCAAUGGAGGCUUUUACUUUCUAAAGUUGCCUGGCCAAAAUAUAUUGUAGUUCUUUUAUUAAUAUUCAUGGCUAUUCAAGUGGGAAAAUGAGAGAAAAAUGUCCUUAAUCCCAGUGUUUACUUAGGAAAAGUACUCUAUAAAUUGUCUUGAAAAAAUUUUGAGAAAGAAAUACUUCUUGAUUUUCGCUUUGUCUAAACCUACUUCAUCAGACUAUAUAGUGAGCUUAUGGGAGAAUUAAGGUCCUUCUCUUUAAAGGCCAUCACAAAUUUUCAUAUUUAAAUUUAGUUUUCCUUAUACUUUA